CAUAGUGUGAGGGAAUGGCCUAUCUUAUAUAGGCACUUAACUUACCCUUCCUUGCGUAUUUAGGUUCCUAUCUUUACUUUUUAUUGGGUUGCUUUUAUUAACGAUGGGAUUUUUCUCUUCCUAGAAAUAAUUAAACUUUAUUAUGGCAGGGAACCGUUAAAACUAGUGUGGCGUUAAUGAGUUUAUUGACUGGAUAUAAGUUAAUCUAAACUAUUAUACCUUUUGUGGGAUAUUUUACGAGCUUAUCUAGAAAAAAUUUUUCGAAAACAAGUGGCUCCAUUUUUGUAUAUCUAUGGUACGAUGUUUUGUAUGUAAACGAAAAGUUUCAAAAAUCUUUGAACGACUAAAACUAAUGAGAAUAUGGUUUAACGGAGAGUUAAGUAUUGUUGUGAAUAGAUUUUAAGGUGUAACAUGGCAGUGCAGUUUAUAAAAUGGAACUUUUUGGCAGCUAUUGCUGAACAGUGCUGCAAAACAUCCAAGAUCAUUUCACGUUCACAUUCUUUCAAACAUCCAAAAACAACAGCUUCCUGUACUUCUGUUUCCCUGUGCUGUAGGCCUAAUAAUUUUUCAACCAUGGGAACCAAGAUAGAAUCUUCAGUUCCAGUGGUCUCUGGACUGGGAAUUGAUACAAGUAGUGUUACAAAUGGUCAGCCAGAGCUGGAAAAGAAAUUGAAACUCAUACUUCUGGAAAUGGAAGUGUCCAGACAGGAAGGGAAAAAAGUUCCGUCAAAGGUUUCUGUCGAUCAGUUGAAGGAAUUGGUGUCACUGAAUACCAUAUCUAGUAGAAAGAAGUAUUUGUCUUUUUUGUUUGAGGUUGAGAUAAAGAAAGAAAAUAGGAAACGAAAGAAAGAAGAUAAACGACUGCAGCAUGAAGAAAGAAAACCUGAUGAUGAUGAUGGUCACAUCAAAUAUGGAUUAAGCAACAACACAUUAUUCUUCAGGCUGUACGACCGUACGAUAAAUAACUUUUACCACAACAGGCUAAUGCACGCAAUGCAGUUCAACCAGAAGAUUGUUUUUGACUGUGGUUUUGACCAGCACAUGACGAGACAAGAGGCCAAGAACUGUGCCAAACAACUACUGCUUACUUUCUCAGAGAAUCGCAUCUAUCCAGAUCCGUUCGAUCUGUAUUUCUGCAACGUCAACAAGGAAAGCCUGACCAUGAAAGCGUUGCUGAAGCACAUCCCAUCUAUGUACGACGAGCACUUCCCACUCAACGUCACAGAGAAAAGCUACUUGGACUUGUUCCCGAAAGAAAAUUUAGUGUACCUGACGCCACAUUGCCGGGAGGAGUUGACGACGUACGAUCACGACGCUGUGUACAUCGUAGGUGCCAUGGUGGACAAGGCCAAUCAAGAACCUCUGUCCCUGGCCAAAGCCAAGAAAGAACGACUGAAGAUGGCAAAGCUGCCGUUGGACAGGUAUCUGAUGUGGGGGUCGGGCUCCGGGAAGACUCUGACUCUGAACCAGAUGAUCCUGAUAAUGCUGGACAUCCGGUCGACCGGUGACUGGAACAAGGCUUUGAUGCACGUGCCAAGAAGAAAGCUGUUUGACAGUGAUAAAGAGCGUGUGAAAAGUUUGGGCAGGACUAUUAAUAAGUACAGUAGCUUCAGGGUGGAUAAAAUUUUGAAAAGCUAAUAAUGGUAACGUAAUGUACUGUUUGUAGUGAAAUGAAGUUUGAGAAUUACUUUCAGAAUACAAAGUUUUUUAUGCAUAAA